AUGGCUCGUCGUCCCGCUCGUUGCUACCGCUACUGCAAGAACAAGCCCUACCCUAAGUCGCGCUUCAACCGCGGUGUCCCCGACCCUAAGAUUCGCAUCUUCGAUCUCGGCCGCAAGCGUGCUGGUGUCGAUGAGUUCCCUCUCUGCAUCCACCUCGUCUCCAACGAGUACGAGCAGUUGAGUUCCGAGGCUCUUGAAGCCGCCCGUAUUUGCGCCAACAAGUACCUCGUCAAGUCUGGUGGCAAGGACUCCUUCCACUUGCGUGUCCGUGCCCACCCUUACCACGUCGUCCGUAUCAACAAGAUGUUGUCUUGCGCUGGUGCCGAUAGACUGCAAACCGGUAUGCGUGGUGCCUGGGGUAAGCCCAACGGCACUGUCGCCCGUGUCAACAUUGGCCAGAUUCUCCUGUCUGUCCGCUGCCGUGACUCCUCGCGCGCUGUCGCCAUCGAGGCUCUCCGCCGCUCCCAGUACAAGUUCCCUGGUCGUCAGAAGAUCGUCGUCUCCAAGAACUGGGGCUUCACUCCCCUCCGCCGUGAGGAGUACGUCGCCAAGCGCCAGGAGGGCCGCGUCCGUGUCGACGGUGCCUACGUCCAGUUCCUCCGCAACAAGGGUCCCCUUGAGUACAACAUGCGCCGCUUCCCCGACGCCUUCUCCGCUUAA